AAUUUAUUUUGACUUGGCAAAGAUAAUUUUCCAUAAAACAAAACACAAAAUUUUCUUACCAUAUUGUAAUUUGUGUCUGCAAGUAAAAACCUAAAUAAUUAAUGUAAAAAUCAAUUCAGUUAAAACAACCACAAUGACUUCUAACGAACCUUGUAUCUCCGAUCAAUUGGACAAUGACGAAGUUCGAGAAAUACUCAAAACAGGCACCGAUCUACGUCAAUAUUCACGACAAAUCGAAAGAGAUUUCAAGGAAGUCGAGAAUAAAUCCAUCGAAGAUUACAUUGCCGAGAGUCAGAACAUCGCAAGCUUACACAAUCAAAUUGGUGAAUGUGAUGACAUCCUCGAGCGAAUGGAAUCCAUGUUAAUGAACUUCCAAAAUGUACUCAGUAACAUAAGUUCGGAAAUUACAACUUUACAAAAGAAAUCAGUUUCAAUGUCAGUGCAGCUAACUAACAGGCAAUCGGUGAAGGCCCAAUUAUCCCAAUUCAUCGAGGACAUGGCUGUCCCCGAAGAGAUGAUAACAACCAUCAUGGAAACUCCUGUGACUGAGAAGGAAUUCAUAAGCAAGUUGAACACACUGAAUCACAAAUUGAAUCUGGUCAAGGAAUUGAGUUUCAAAGAGAGUAAGUCGGCCGGUGAUGUUUGUGAUGUUCUUCACAAGUUAAAAGUCAAGGCUAUGGCUAAGAUUCGUACCUAUCUGCUGGAACAGAUCUACAAAUUCCGCCGACCCAUGACAAACUAUCAAAUUCCUCAGAACGCAAUGCUGAAGCAUAAAUUCUUCUUUGAGUUUAUUCUAUCGAAUGAACGACAAGUUGCGCAGGAGAUAUGCAAUGAGUACAUAGACACUAUGGGCAAAAUUUACUAUAGUUACUUUAAGAGUUAUUCAUCUCGAUUGUUGGCCUUGAAAUUCGAAGAAUCCGUCACCAAAGACGAUUUGAUGGGAAUCGAAGACACAGCCUCGAAGAGCUUAUUCUCCAAAGCAACUAAUCUCAAACAUAAGAGCACGAUUUUCACGAUUGGCAAAAGAGGUGAUAUCUUAAAUCAACAGCUAGAAGCUCCAAUUAUAGUUCCACAUGCUCAACUUAAGAACAGAUACACAUUUGAAGCUCUCUUCCGCUCGGAGCAAUAUGCUUUGGUGGACAAUGCAUGUCGAGAAUACUUGUUUGUCAUUGAAUUCUUUAUGGUUCGUGGUACACAAGCUCAGGAUCUUUUCAAUCAAAUCAUGGGCAAGACACUAACAUUCAUGAUUAAAAACCUCGAAAGCAGUAUUCAAGAAUGCUACGACACCAUCGCUAUGUUCUUGUGCAUUCAGUUGAUUUUCCGAUACCAGCUGAUGUGCCACAAGAGAUGUGUUCCUGGAUUGGAUAAAUACUGGGACUCAAUGCAAGCUGUCAUCUGGCCCCGUUUCGAUCAUGUCUUUCGUUUGAACAUCAAAAGUAUUCGCGAAUGUGAUCCAACGAAAUUCAACAAAGAAAUGGGUCCACAUUACAUCACUCGACGUUAUGCGGAAUUCUCCGCUGCCAUUGUUGGAAUUUCGGAGCAUUUUCCCAACGAAGUCGUCAGUUUGCUCCUGCUCGAAUUACAAAACGAAGUCGAGUGCUUCAUCCUCCGCAUGGCUGCCAUUUUUCCCUCCCGCAAAGAACAACUCAUCUAUCUUAUAAAUAACUAUGAUUUGGUCUUGGGUGUUCUGAUGGAACACACUCGUGACAAUUCCAAAGAAGCUGAAGCAUUCCGUGAACAACUCAACGCUCGAAGUUCCGAGUAUGUUGAAGAGAUUCUAGCUCCUCACUUUGGGGGAAUCAUACAAUUCGUCAAAGAAUGUGAACAUUACUUUGAGAAGGAACAAAUGGAUGAAUUACGAAAGCAAGAACGACGAAGUCUUGCAUUGGUUGCAAGUUUCUCAGCCAACUGGAAGAAGUCCCUGGAGGAAUUGAAUCGUGAAGUUUUACUCUCAUUUCCAUCACUCCUCACAGGAUCUCAGCUUCUGCAAUUGGCUUUGGCUAGUUUAGUGCAAUAUUACCAUCGAUUCCAUAAAUUACUCACGCCGAAUGCCAGAGCCCAAUUGACAAACAUUCAUGUGGUUAUGGUGGAAAUCAAAAAGUAUAAAAGUAAUUAUUAAUUGUAAAUAAAAGAAGAACUUGAUAUUUAUUUUAUUAUGGAAUUAUAUUUCAUGAUGUAUUUUUAUUUUUUACUUUUUAAGUGAAUACAAACAUUAAACUUUAUCUUAAAACUUCAAAUAUAA